AUGGACAAGUUAUAUGAGAAAUUCAUCAAGUAUUUGAACAGGACCUUCCAUCUCACAAUCAUCCUUCCAGCCUUUGCCAUGUGUGCUGGCCCAUUAUUUGCUCCAUACCCUGGCCUGCCCCUCGCCCAGCAGCACCAAUGGAUGCACGUCUGUGACUCCUUCACGGGAGAAGCAUCUAAUCACCCCCCGUCGGUUCUUCUCGACAACCUCUCAUUUUUCACUUCAAGACUCUUGGAACACCACUUAUCUUCGGGCAGUCAAUGA